AUGAUUUUUACAAAUAAUAGGAAGAUAUUUAAUUAUAGGUUGAAACAGAAAAAUAAAUUUUAGAAGAUUCUUAUGAAAAAGAAAUCAAAACCAAAAUUCAUAAAAAUAAAGAGAAAGUUUACAAACAAUGUAAUUAAAAAUCUGCAAAAACAGAAAAUAGUAAUCAAGAAGAUAUAAUUGAAAUUUAAAUUAAUAAAAAGUAAUAAACUCCUAAAAUAAGUGAAGAUUUACAAAAUUCAAUUUAAUUAUAAAGUGAUAUUUCUUAAUAUUUAUCAGAAAAAGCACGAAUUUAAUAUAUCAAUUUAGGUGAGUUUAACUAUUAAAAAAACAAAAAAUAAGAAGAGAAUUUAAAUUAACAAAUAAAAAAAUAAAAACGAUGAUGGAUCUAUUUAUAUAGGCAAUUUUAAAAAUGGAAUAAAAUACGGAAGAGGUAAAUAAAUUUAUAAAGAUGGAAGCUUAUUAGAAGGAUUUUGGGAAAACGAUAAAAUAAGCGGACAAGGAAGAUUAAUACAUGCUGACGGUGAUGUAUAUGAAGGCUAAUGGCAAAAUAAUAUGGCUUAAGGAAAAGGUAAAUAUACGAGAAUCGAAGGUUUUUCUUAUGAAGGCGAAUGGUAGAAUGAUUAAUAAAAUGGAUUUGGGAUUGAAAAGUAUAUUAAUAAUUAUUAACACGAAGGAAAUUAUGAAAUGGGUAAAAAAAAUGGAUUUGGGCAUUCCAUAUGGUAUGAUGGGAAUUAGUAUAUAGGAAAUUUUGAAUAUAAUUUUUUUUCUGGAAAGGGAAUUUAUAUAUGGUAAAAUGGAGAUAAAUACGAAGGUUAGUGGUAAAAUAAUAAAAUGGAAGGAUAAGGCGUUUUUUAAUAUGCAGAUGGUAAAAAAUAUAUAGGAGAGUUUAAGGAAGAUUUAAAAGAUGGUGUUGGUUAAAUAAUUUGGCCAAGUGGAGCUUCUUACUAAGGAGAAUGGAAAUAAGGAAAAUAACAUGGAAAUGGGAUAUAUAAUGGAUAAGAUAAUUAAAAAAUCUAAGGAAAAUGGGAAAAUGGGCAAUUAAUAAAUAUAAUUAAUAUAAUAAGUUAUUAAAAAAAUGAUGAAUAAUUAAAAGGUUCAACAAUAAAAUGA